AACAAACGAUAUUUGAUCUAAGAUUAUUCAUUUACUUCAAAUAUUUGACUUUCCUUUUAUCAAUUUACGCAUAUAAAUACAUUUAAAACGUGUAAAUCACGCGUAACAUGCCGUAAUUCAAAAAAUGCAUUCUGCACGUGCGUGAGUGUGUGCAUGAAGGCUAGUAAUAAUAAAAGAGAAAUGCGAAGGAGAUUUUCAAAAGCGGGAUUCUUCAUGGAUUCUCUGUCACCUCAUGUUUUUGCGUAAUGUUUUAUAAUGAUAGCGGAAAAUUAAUGUUAAACCAGGUGGGAAAUGGUCUAUCCAUUUUAAGAGAAUCUCCUUAGUAUUUCUCAUAAUAAAAAUUGUUACACAUCUCGUGAAGCUAGAAUGAUGCCUCUAAACAAAAUCCAGAGAGACUUUUGCACUAAAAUUUUAGGUCAGCCCACCUCACCACGUGUUAUAUUCGCGAUCUGAUUAGCCUCAUUUGCUUUUCAUUAUCCAGCACAUGGGUACAUUCAAGCAUGGAUAGCAUCAACAGUAUAGGGGCAAUAAUUAGAUGGACAAUGAUUGUUUGCCCUCCCACUUCUCAUGCCCUUUCAUGUCCUCCUGUUUGUGUGGUUACGGUUAAGCCACAUCAAAAUUUUAUAUUACUAUUCAUUUUUGUCUUAUUAUCUCUAUAAAAAAAAAAAAAACAUAAAAUGUUGAUGUGGCUUAAUCGUAACCACACAAAAUAGGAGGAUAUAAGAGGGCACUACUAUAACGUGCUGAUAUGGUACACCUGGUAACAACUGUCAUUUUUGCUGACAUGUCAAGAUAUGGUCCACAUCCACAUGUACACAACAAAGAAGAUAUUUUGGAGUAAACCAUUCACAUAAGGACACCACAACAAACAAACAAGUGACCAUCACCAGAAUGAGCACAUGACCAAAUCACUGGCCUCCAACGGCAACCAUUCCCAAGGCCUAAUCAAGAUCCAUACCUUUUUUGGUAUUAUUUUUAAUCCAUUCCUUUUUUGGUAUUUUUAAGUACAACCCUAGCGAAAAAUUCCACCACACCUGUAUAUAAAGGGUAACCCUAAACCACAGUCCCCAAACUCCCAGCACUUGAUAAAAACAAAAUAAAUAACCAAGAAAUGUCGUACCCAACGUCCCAAAAUACAAGCCCUCUAAGCGAAAGUCAAGGUAUGAUCGACACCUACCAUGUCCACGAUCUUUUGCCGAACCAGUGCGGCUCGGUACUCGUCCAAACCAUCGACGCACCGCUAACCCUAGUAUGGUCCGUCCUCCGCCAGUUCGACAAUCCGCAGGCUUACAAGCCGUUCGUUAAUAGUUGCAGCAUACGGGCGGGGAACGGAGGCAUAGGGAGCAUUCGGGAAGUCGUGAUUAAGUCUGGGUUGCCGGCGAAAACCAGCACGGAGAGGCUGGACGAGCUCGACGACAACAUGCACGUCAUGCAUUAUAGCGUUAUCGGUGGGGAUCACAGGCUUGCAAAUUACAGUUCUACCACUACGGUGCAUAAUGUGGAAGAAGAAAAUGGAAGGAAGAAUAAGACGGUUGUGAUUCAGUCGUACGUGGUGGAUAUUCCCGCCGGAAGUAGCAAGGAGGAUACUUGUUUGUUUGCUAAUACGAUUAUAGGCUGUAAUCUCAAGUCAUUAGCUAAAGUUUCAGAAAAGAUGGCUGCUACGUGCUGAUCAUUAACUAGUUAAUAAGCUUAAUUUUAACGAUUUUUCUUGGGUUUUCCUUAUGUUGUAAUAAACUAAUCAAUAAUUGAUGUCCGACUUUCCAGCUCCUA